UAGGCUGUUAGUGAUUGGUCGGUUCGUGUUUUCUUUUGUAGGCGGGUAUCUUGAAGUUUGCUAAGGCUAAAUGUUUAUGUGCAACUUCAAAUAAGGUCCAUUUACGAUAUCCAACGAUCGAUUUCUGUUAGAGGAAGAAUGGAUGACUUUGGCAGACGGUUACUGCAGCGACUUGUAAGACGGACGCCAGCUCAAGCGCUAAAAGCUACGCUGGGGAAGUGGGAACGUUUGACGGUAGCGCAGCGACAGUCCGUGGAUUUUACUCAGCCCAAAGUGGCCGUAAUGGAACAACUCGUCGCCAUCUUCGAGGAAAACGGAUGGACAGUCAAACACAUUACAGAACUUGAGAUGAUCAAUUAUAUGGAGAAUGCAAACCGGGGGAUGUGGCAUGCCUUUCAGAUGACUGACCCCAAAGAUGAUGCUAAUGCAGUGGAAAUGAUGCAGUUUAAGGAACAAUUUAAAUCCCACCUGAGUGAGCUUGUGAGACAUGUGUCUGUCAAAAUAAAAAAGCAUACAGAUGAAGCUCUAUGGAUUCGUAUUGCGUGGGGAGACAGCUACUCUCCACCCAACCAUCUGAAACCUACAUAUGUUGUCCACCAUCUACAAACACCUUAUGUCUUUGUGACCAGCCUGAAUUCAAAGCAAAAACCUUUCUUAGUCCAGGCUUUGAUUCUGUCCACUGGAUACCAGGGAAUAAAGGAUGCUAACCUUAGUGGACAGAAACUCACCGCCAUUAGGGACCUGCUGAUGAAACAAUAUCAACAGAUCUUUCCUUCCAAGUAUAACAGCCCUCUUACAGAGAAAAAUGAAACUGUCUCCAACCCACACAUAGAAAGAGAACAGUCUGAGCAUGCAUCAAAGAGACUUCAGAUGGCUUGUGAGGCCUUUGGUGAUGGGAUAGUACCUCAGCUACAAACUGCAGUUUACAAGCUGGAAACAAAAUUCAGAGGCGACGCCAACACCAACAGGACGAUGACAAAACGAGAGGGGCCCUUCAGAUGUUUAGUCAAAUUUGCAAGUACUAACCUCCUGGAGUCAUUCAGAGAGUGUGCAUCCUCAGGCAUUGCUUCCACCCCUGUCUCACCUUUGCUCUCAUCAAUUACCUUGAAGGGAAGGAAUUAUUUUGUGGUCACAGAAAAUGGCCUUCCCUCUUCACAAACCUGAUGGGUGACCUAAAGGACCAAAAUGGUUUCUCUAUUUAUUUUUGCUAUGUUUGAGUAACUCCUGAUUUUCAUUUCAGUUUUAACUACAGUUUUCUUUUUGAUACGACUCUUAAAGAAUCACUGCUUGUAAAAUCAAUUUAUGUAUUCUGUCUUUAUGUGCAACUGUCUGAAGAUAUGUCUCAUACUGGUAAAACAACAGCAAGCAUAUACUCUAUGUUCAAAUUUAAAAUUAUUUUUCUUUAAUAAAUUGCAAAUUAUUCUUUUUCAAUUUUACCCCAUCCAAUGUAGUAUUAUAAAAGGUCUUAGGGUGCUGCAACUAAAAUGGCUGCUAGAUGGGAUGGAUUUGCUAUACUAACUUCUUUGUACAAGUUGGAAUUUAAAAUAAUAUUCACUAUUCGAUCAGUUAGUAUCUUAUACAAAUCUCUUGUAUUCGUAUUUCUCUAAGCACUGCAUGGUCUGACCUGGGUGCGAAUAUGAUGGGACAUCUUCGCGUGCUUGUCUUUCCCUCUUGGUAUAACCUUACUUACGCCUAAAUGUUCUAGACUUCUGUAAAGGUCUAUACACCUACCGAUAAUUAGUGAAUCAAAGUCUCAUGAUAAGCAGGUUACACACUUAAAUCACCUAUAUUAAAAAAAAAGUUGUUACAUAAGUAGGAACUGGGAAAUAUACAUCUUUUUUCUCUUACAAAAAAAAUUUAAAAUUAAAUGCAUUUGAUCUGUUUGCCAUAAAGAGAACUUCAUAGCAAAGAAGACGGGUGAAUCUGGCUUCCUCCUUAUGUUAAUCUUUACAUACUGUACAUACAAUAUUAACUAAAUAAAGAGUAAAUCCUCUUAUA